AUGGAGCAUCAAUACAGAUCCUAUAGUGUUGAAUCAACCAGUUUUCUGGAGGACUUGAAUGAUCCAGCGUCUUGCUGCUAUACAGCCGCACAUCCAAAUAUUCAAAACAAUACCAACUUCACUGGUCAUUUUCAGCAGCAAAUGCCUGCUUACUAUGGAUAUGAGUCCAGGUUCAACGUUCCUCAACAACAACCAGUUCGCUAUGACCCUAGGAUGUAUACAAAUCCGCCUUUAGGUUAUUCAAAUCCAGGAUCUCAGUAUGAUUGUAGUAAUAAUCGUCAGCAGUUAGUUGCGCCUAGAUGUGGUACUUAUUAUGAAAGACCUGAACAAGGUUGGCGACAAAACUCUUCCUAUGUUUCACAAACUUACAAUGUACAGCCAGGUGAUGCACGUUUAGUGAGACCUCAUCCUCAUGUUAACGAAGUACAUCCUCAAACUCAAAAUCAGUUUGCAUACCGUGCCCCUAAUGGUCAAAACCUGCCACCAAAGGCAGUAGGUGUCCCAACUUAUGUAAAUGGAAGUAAAGAUUCUGUCUUCCAGCAUUCCAACCAGACACAACCUAGCACCCAAUAUCAUGGUUUGCAAACAGAUCCAGGCUGCUCGUAUAUGCAUAAUGCUGAUUUUAAGUCAAUUCCAAAGGCAGCUAUGCAGAAAGAGGAGUCUAACAGGAUUUGUGAUCGUUUGUCGCAGUUAUACCGUAUGUCUUCUACUUCUCCAUCUGUUCAACAAGAAAUCGCUUUUUUACAGGAGAAGUUGAGGAACUUAGAAUCAUCUGAUGUGGUUCCUGACAAAUCAUCCCUUCAACAAUUCUACGCACCUCAGAAUUGUAAUGAUAGGAUAGUCGAUAAUGCACCACAUUCCUCGCAAAUGAGUUUUAGCCAGACUUCGUCCAUAUACCAACCUCCAAGAUACCUUGGUGACCCCAAAUUAGUCUGUACAAACAACAGUAGUUCCAACCUCCGAUUGGGUUUUGCUCCAAAUGAUGCAAUAAAUAAUCCACUUGAGAGCAUUAAUUCUUCUGCUUGCGUUGUGACCUGCAUUUCAUCUGUACCGACUACUGUCCCAAGUACGUCGUACGCAUACGUUGCACCACAUUUACAAAGUAGUGCUUCGAAUGUAAGUGAAAAUUUUCCUGUUUCGACACCAUGUGGGUAUCCAACUCCUCAAUGCCCACCAGCCAAUCAAACAGCUGCGUCAAACAGUAUCCCUUACUGCUAUGAUGAAAGGACUAUAUCCACAGUAAACAACGCACCUCCUGCACCCAACCAGUUAGGCAACGUUUCGGAUUCCAACCAUAUCACAUCCUCAAACAACAAUAAUGUGAAUUCAUGUAUAACUACAAGUUGUAUGUCUAAUUUUUAUCCGGGAACAAAUGUGUCUAAUGGUUUUUUGGAAAGCUCUGUCCACCAGCAGGGACAGGACUCACUUUCAUCACCAAGUGCAACAUUAGCUCAAAAUAACGUCACCGUUCCCAGUUCUUCGAAUCCACCGAGAAACCACCAAACUUUCGAAGAUUCACAGUUAAAGUCUGGAAACGUUCCUCACGUGCCCACCUGUGUCGUCGGCAACUCUGAAGCUGAUAUUUCCAAAAUGGUGUGUAGCACUCAAAGUGGUGUGUUAGGAUCGGUGGAUACUCACUCGUUCCCACUAACUUUUGAAAAUGCUCAGCAGACUCCUCAUGGGUCUACAAUACAUUAUCGACAAGCAAACGAAAGUCAGCAGCUUGAAAGUGUUCCUGAUACCUCUUACAGUCUGUUCCGUAAAAAUGUCUCAGAGUCGUCAUGUAAUGAUUCUUUGCCAAUUACUCCUGUUAGCUUUUCUCAGUCGUAUCAAAAUUACGGACAGUAUGUUUCGCUGAGUCAAGAUUCUCGACCAAGUAUGAGUGUUGCGAGCCAUUGGAACCAACAUUAUCAAUCGUCACUGAACACAAAUCAGGGAAUCACAGGAGAAAUAAAUGGACAACAUUUACAAACCAUCGCUCCGGCACCACCCUCACAUUCGAUUGUGGUGUCUUGUGUACAGAUGCCUGGAACUCAGUGUAUUGAAAUGAGUAAAUUCAGUGGUUUGGCUGGUAGCGAUGUGUCCUACACACCCAUACUGCCAAAGCCUACUGACUUACAGCCCGUGAAAAAAACCAGAGGUCGUAAACCCUUAAAUCGUGGGAACGAAACUGACAAACAGCGUCAACAAAAACAAAGAAAGGGACAUGAAGCUGAAACCACAGCUAAAGAAGACCAGUCCGACACUACACCGGAUAGAUCUGUUUUCGCAACUCCGACAGCGAAACGUCCACGGGGACGUGCUCCAAAGAAGCCUAAGAUCGACACCGAGACCACUAUUAAUAUAGCUCCAGACCCAUUUGCAAUAGAGGGUGUGGACGACACUUCUGACACAAAGGCUGAUGAAUCUCCCGCUUCAGACUGUAGAAAGCGCCGAGCUUCAAUGCGUCCUGUUGAAGUAAGGAAAAAACGGAAGUAUAGAAAGUCUUUAAAAUUCUCUUCUGACCUGGUGAACGAAUCUUCUAGCACAUUGCAGUCUCCAGAAUUAACGUCUCCAGAUUCCACAAAUGCAACUGAAACGGUAACAAAGGUGAAAGUUGUGCGAGCUAGACCUCGUCCGAAGAAGCGAAGGCCAUUGCCUACCUUAAUAAGACGGAAGAAACGCUCAGCGUUCUAUGGAGAUGAUUCCGGAUCUGAACCGGAAGUAUCCGGUCGUGCUGCAAGUCGGGUCUCUGAGGUUCGACUUCAAUCCACGGGAGUUCAUGACGCGAACAGUAAACGCCGUUCUGAACGACAUACUGGUGAUCGGAAGAGUUACACAGAUGAUUUGGAUCUUAAUCUCACUGACGACGAGACUGAUCGGCAGGACGGUGAAAUGAUCACGUUGAAUGAUACCACUGACGUUGCUGAAGAUGUUGACAAUAAGGUUGUUGAGGCGGUACUUGGUCGGCGAAUCACUAAACGAUUGGUCAAGAAGAUUACUCAGACUGAAAUUAAAUCCACGGAGGAUAAAGAAUCACAAAAUCCCUUAAACACUUCAGAGAAAAAUUCUCAAAUCACUGUAACAGAAGAAGAGGAGGAAGAAGAGGUCGAGGAAUUUUACCUGAAAUACAAGUCCUAUUCUUAUCUUCACUGUGAAUGGCGAGCAUUAGAUGAGAUUAAUGAUCCGCGUAUCCUUCCAAAAAUCAGGCGAUUUGAAAUGAGACAGGCUAAUUCUGCACGUACUGAAGAUGAUGACGUUGUAUUAUUCAAUCCGGAUUAUGUGGAAGUUGAGCGCGUCUUAGACGUCAAAGUGUAUAGUAAUGGCCAUUUAGUGUCUACAGAUAGGCUAGAAAGUAAUGGAGAUUCACAGGACCUUAGAAAAUACACUAAACGACCAAAAGAACGAAAUAAAUUGCGCAGUGUACGUGAAGAGAAAAACAAAAUGAAAAAUGAAACAGUAUCCGGAGAUAUGACUGCUUCACUGACUACGAGCAAUACACAAGAAUCUGUCUCUGAAAUCCACUCAACAACACCGCUCACUGACGACUUUGGCGAUAGUGAAACUAACUCACAAUGCCCUGGUCAGCCGUCAAAUACGGAUGAAAAGGUUGCAGAUGGUAAUCAGAAGACAGAUCUUGAAGUAGACUCCAAAUCUGCGGAUACUGUUUGUCCCAGUCCUUCUGAACAGACAUUAUCUACAGGUGAACAGCAGGACCAGCUUGCUGAUAAAACUGAUGAAAAUACUCCUCCUCCAGCUUUAAAAGAAUGUGAAACAGAUAACAGUCCAUUGGAAACCAGUGUGUUAUCAUCUAGUAACAAGGUGGAGAAGGAUGAUGAAAUAGACCACCAUAAAGAUGAAGAUGAGGACGACGAGGGGACUAGUUCUCCAGUCAACGUGACUUAUUAUCUAGUUAAAUGGCGUUCACUGGCCUAUGAGGAUGCAACAUGGGAAAUGUCGCAGGAUGUUGACCCAGCAAAAGUUAAAGAAUUUCAUAAACGACGCUAUCCGCCAAAGAAUUUUGUUGUGCCACGAGACAGUGAUUACAAGAUUAUUCGACCUGAUCCUACCACUUGGAAACCAAUCGAUUCUAGUACGAUUUAUAAAAACAAUAAUAAAUUACGAGAUUAUCAAGUGGAAGGUGUUAACUGGCUAACAUUCUGUUGGUAUCAUCACCGUAACUGUAUUCUUGCCGAUGAAAUGGGAUUGGGUAAAACAGUGCAAAGUGUAACUUUCCUAUUGGAAAUAUUUAAAGCUAAUGUACAAGGUCCUUUUUUAGUCAUAGUCCCCUUAUCGACUGUGGGUAAUUGGCAAAGGGAAUUUGAAAAUUGGUCAGAUUUAAAUGUGAUCAUCUAUCAUGGAAGUUCUGUCAGUCGUAGUAUGAUUCAACAAUACGAAAUGUUCUAUCGUAAGCGUUCAUCAGGUGCACCAAGACACGAUGUUUACAAAUUCCAUGCAGUAGUCACAACUUUUGAAGUUCUUAUGAAUGAUAUUGAAUUUUUUGGUCAAAUUCAUUGGGCAGCUGCUGUGAUUGAUGAAGCUCAUCGGUUGAAAAAUAAAAAGUGCAAACUUGGCGAAGGUUUACGAUAUUUAGAUUUGGACCAUCGCGUUUUGUUAACCGGAACUCCAUUGCAGAAUAAUGUUGAAGAAUUGUUUGGAUUGCUAAAUUUUCUAGAACCUGAGAAAUUUAAUUGUUCAGCGACAUUUGUUGCUGAAUAUGGUGAACUAAAAACAGAAGAGCAAGUUGAACGGUUGAAAACAGUUCUGAAACCUAUGAUGCUUCGUCGAUUAAAAGAAGAUGUAGAAAAGAGUUUAGCUCCUAAAGAAGAAACUGUUGUCGAGGUGGAACUGACUAAUAUACAAAAGAAAUAUUAUCGCGCAAUUAUGGAACGUAAUUUCUCAUUUCUAUGCAAAGGUUCAAGUACAAAUGCUCCUAAUCUAAUGAACAUAAUGAUGGAAUUACGAAAGUGUUGUAAUCAUCCAUUUUUGAUCAAAGGUGCUGAAGAUGCUAUCCUAUCAGAAGCCCAAUCAAACGAGAAUGCUAUCAACGAAGAUGAUCUAACUUUUCAAACUAUGGUUUAUGCUUCGGGCAAAUUGGUUCUAAUUCAUAAACUCUUGCCUAAAUUACGUGCUGAUGGUCAUAAAGUACUAAUCUUCUCUCAAAUGAUUCGUGUGCUUGAUAUCCUUGAAGAUUAUCUUGUCCAUCAAGGAUUUCAGUUUGAACGAAUUGAUGGGCGUAUUCAUGGGCCACUACGACAGGAGGCUAUAGAUCGAUUUAGUGUUGACCCAGAUAAAUUCGUGUUUUUACUGUGUACCAAGGCUGGUGGUUUAGGAAUUAAUCUGACUGCUGCUGAUGUAGUUAUUAUUUACGAUUCGGAUUGGAAUCCACAAAACGAUCUUCAAGCUCAAGCACGUUGUCAUCGUAUUGGACAACAAAAAAUGGUGAAAGUUUAUCGUUUAAUUACUCGUAACACAUAUGAACGUGAGAUGUUCGAUAGGGCAUCGCUUAAAUUAGGCCUAGACAGAGCAGUUCUCCAGUCUAUGGGAAGCAAAGAAGCUAGACAGGCACAAAUGUCUAAAAAGGAAAUUGAAGAUCUCUUGAAGAAAGGUGCCUAUGGAGCUUUGAUGGAUGAUGAUAAAGCUGGUGAAGAUUUUUGUGAAGAAGAUAUUGAUCAAAUACUUCAAUCCAGAGCUCGUAUUGUGCAGCUGGAGCAGGGGAAAGAAAAUUCCACAUUCUCAAAAGCGACUUUUUCAAUGUCUGAUAACAGAAGUGAUAUCGCAUUGGAUGAUCCUAAUUUCUGGCAAAAAUGGGCUAAAAAGGCUGGCGUUGAUGAGACAGCAUUAGCUAUGAAGGAUCUCAUAGUACAAACUCCUCGUCAACGUCGCCAAACCACUCGUUAUUCAUCGAUUAUGGUCAGUGAACCGCCUAACAUCCCAAGCCCAGCUAGCUUUGACAUGUCUGAUUUUGAUGAUAAUGCGAACUCAAAUAGCUCUGGUGAUGAGACGGUCAUUCACUCCUCAUCUGGACGAGGUCGUUCCCGUCGUAAUCGAAAAAGUUUUCGCCACUCACGAAAACAACAAAAUACUCCAGUUUUAAAGCAAGAGAAGUCGUCUACGAUAAAAGAGUGUGAUACAAGCGCCGCAAAUGAACCAAAUUUAAUUGAACCGCUUGAUCGUGCUGAUCUGUUUCGAGUUGAGCGAUGUUUGCUGACUUGGUCUUGGGGUCAAUGGGAACAAGCUGUCGCAGGCGUUUCUUUUAAACGAAGUAUGCAGCCGUCGGAACUAGCAUAUUUUUCAUGUGCAUUGCUAGACUACACUCUACAUUGUCUACCAUCAAAUUCAGAUGUCCGCGCACGUGCUAUAUGCGAAACUCUUGCCCGUCCGGGUACCUGGAAACUUGAUAUCCACCAGGUAAAUAUUGCUGUGUCUGAAGCGACUUCUAAAAUUAAAUGUUUACCACCGACUACUGCACUAAACAUAGAAUGUGAAAACUUUGAUGGUCCAAUAUCAACUGUAGCUCAAAAUAUUGAUGAUGACUUAUCCGAAGGGAAAAAGCAAACUGAUCUUGCCUUGCCGCCUUCAGAGAUAGUCAGCGACAUCAAACGUGGUUUAGACUCUCCUGUUCUUAGUGAAUACAAUGCAACUGGUAGUCCUGCAGCGGAUGACAUUGCUUUGACUGAUCCUGCAGCUAGUUUAGCGGAAAAGUCGACACCAGAUGAUCCAGAUCAAUUAGAUGACAAAGUUGAAAUCACACUGCCUAUUCACUCAGAAUCGUGUGAACUUGUUGGUAAAAGUGAACUUCCCGAUAAGGAUGAAGAUGAAAUCGAUGAAGAGAGUCAUAUCAAAGUAGAAGGAACUCAGAUAUCUCCAAGGCUUGCAGCAUUCAAACCGGAACUUCUCCUACCAUCUGAAAGCUUCAAAAAACACGUUCAAAGAGCGGGAUCUAGACUUUUAAAUCGGGUUGCUCUUUUAUUCUUUCUGCAAUGUGAUAUCAUCGGAAUCAAAGCUGCUGAAGAUUUGGUAGCAUCUCGUUUAAGCCAUACUGAUUUCAUUGAAUUGGCUUCAAGCUUGCCUCCAUUAGAAGCUCUUGAUUCAGAUUUGCCUGCUCCAUGGUGGGAUUCCUGUUGUGACAAGUGUUUGUUACUGGGAAUUAUGAAACAUGGAUGGGAAAAGUAUACAGCAAUGCGAUUAGAUCCAAAGCUGUGUUUCCGCUCUCGAGCUAUUGAGAUAGUUCAAUCUCAGGCUUCAGCUGUACAGGACGGCUUGAAUGAUAAUUCUAAAGUAACUAAAGAAGCAGAUGACAACUCAGAUUGUAAUCAGGAAACUAAAGUAGACUGCAAUGGAGUACAAGAUUCAGCUGAAUGCGAGUCAGCAGACAAUGCUCAUUCCAUCUUGAAACCAGCUCCAGUUCCUCUUGAAAGUCUUUCACCGAAUGCUGAAACAGCCAUUAAUGAAGCAGAUAGUGUAACUAUGGACAAUGAUAACUUAUCGUGUUCAUCGAACAAAGUUUGUGAAUCUCUCAAAAAGGAUUUGUCGUCUACUCCUAAUGAUGACGAAAGCCAAUUUUCAGAUGAUGUCCUGCUUAGUCUUCCUUUUCCACAAGUUGCAGACUUAAACUCUCGAACUAGGAAAUUAGUCGGGUUUUUCCAACGUGUCAAAAGUCAACUUGAAACUGAUUCUUCACGACAUUUGCCUAAAAUAGAAGUUGAGGAGUCUGUAGUAUGCCCUCCUGUUGUACGAGUGACAGAGGCAAAAGUAUUGAAAUGGACACGUCGAGAGGAGGCUGAUUUCUAUCGCGUUGUAUCAAGCUUCGGUGUGGAAUUCGAUGAAAUACCAUCUGAUACUUCUGCUCAUGCUAUUGCCAAUGAAGACAAUGAUGCUGUUGAAGGGAAAACGGAAGAAAACGACAAAGAGGAAAAAGAAGAAGAAGACGAAAAAGGGGAGAAAGACAAGUGUAAAUCAGAACAUCAGAAUGCCGAUGUUAUGGCAAAGCCGUGUAAACCACUACCAAGAAUAUACAGGUGGACUAAUUUUAGACAGCUGGCUAACUUGAGUCGUAAAUCGGAUCAAGCACUCGUUGAAUACUUUCAUUCUUUUUAUCGAAUGUGUCAACGUGUCUGUAAAAAAGAGCUCACCGAAUUUGCUGAACCUGCUUCUACAAUUGCAACAACCACUACUUCAGGAUCAAGUGAUUUAGGCUGUGAAAUUAUAAUUGAUCCUAUCUCUGAGGAACGUGCUAGUCGUUGUCUUUCACGUAUUGAUCUGUUGGUUCGUAUCCGCAAUCAUAUUCUAAAGCAUCCGCAAUUAGAAGAACGAAUUAAAUUAUGUCAGCCCAGUUCAGAUCUACCGGGUUGGUGGAUACCUGGGAAACAUGAUAAAGAAUUAUUAUUUGCUGCUGCAAAGCAUGGAUUAGCUCGUACUGAUCUUAAUAUUCUUCAAGAUUCAGAUUCCAGCUUCUCACGGAUUGUACAACUGAUUCGUGAUAAGUUAACUCAUGAUCCAGUUGUUACAGACUAUCCUGGAGAUUUAAUUGCUAACCAGGUGACUAGAACGGGCAUUGCAGCUGCUGCAGCUUCAGCAGCUCGAGCAGCUGCUUUUCAAUUAAUGAAUGAAGGGAAUUCUUCUCCGACUGAUGCAUCAUCAGCAUCAACAACAUUAUCUGAUGCAAAUGUAAAUAAAACAGAUUUAACAGACAAAUUGAAAGCCACUGAUAAGUCUGGUAUUCAACCCACUAUAGAUUCAUCUACUCUUUGUGAAUCUAUCAGUGUUGAAGAAGAGAAGAAACCAGAUUCUGAGGCUCCUGAAUUUGCUGUUUUAAAUGAUGCAGUAGCUACUAUUCCAUCUACGGUUGUGAAUACUGAAAGUGGUGAUACACCUUUGGACACUGAUAAUAUUGUAUUAGAAAAAAGUGAUGUUAAAGUCACUGGCAAAGAAGACCAGUCAGAAGCUUCUCUUGUUGGUGGUUUGAGUGGUACGGAUGUCAAUAAAGUUGGACAAGAAUCGGCUGCAGCUGAAUGGUCCAUAAAAUUCGCUACUAACCUGGCUAUUUCAUGGCCUAAAGACAGAACUGUUCAGCAUCGUUUGGAGCUCAUUUGUCAAACAAUAGAAAAUAAUGAAUGGCCAAAUCCUCGUCGUUUCAUUACUCCAAUCACUACUGCAAUUCCUGUUUCAUCGUCAAUGAUAGGCUCUACGCGUGCACAAAUUGAAACAAAAGUUUCUUGUUUAAGUGAUACCCUCCCUCAAAAUUUCCAAAGUUUACCGUUGCCGCGAGAUGCUUACUCAUUGUCGUCGAAUAAUUCUAGAAGAAUUCCAUUGAACACUGCUCAUAUUCCCUUAUCCCGUAAACAAUAUGGUCUACCUGUCUAUUCCUCAGAGAUGGCAUCUAAUCCACUGUCAGUUGAGUCAACAUGUGAUGUACAAUCUUCCAGUUUAACACAGCUAUCAUCUCUUUCAAAUAAUGAGUUAGAUGAUUCACUACAAUUUGAUUUCUCUCUACCUGGAGGACAUAUUAACUCAGUACAGUGUAAGCCAUCUUUACAAGCCUACGAUUCUGAGGCUCAAUUUUCAACUGCCACAAAUAUAGAUUCCAGUGAAUGCAUUUCUACGUCUGUCAACAUUCCAUUAGAUCUAAAAGACAAUCAAUUACCUUUUCCAUCUAAUCCUACCAAUGAGAUUUCUCUUACCGAUCGAAGUCGUGGUAAGACGCGUAACCGAAGUAACCGUACUAAUUCAUUUGGUAAAAACUUAUCUGUCAACCGUGAUAAGUCUGGAUCGAAUUUCGAUUCUGAACAAGAUCAAUCAUCACUGUCUGAUAAUCUCUUGAAGUGUACAACUUCGCAUUCCGAAAACUUUGUACCAGGUUCUAAAGCAAAACCCAUUUCAACACCUAUUACAUUGCCUGAGGAUAUUGAGUUUUCAAUGCCUCCUCCUAGUGUCACAUCUGCACCACGAUCUGCUGUUAGUGCAAACAAUCGUGGACGUAAACGUAAGAAUGAAUCAUCCAAAAAUCAGUCUGAUACAAAUUUACCAUUUUCUAAAGGAGCAAAUAGUUCUAAACGAGAACGUCUUCAUUCAUUGAAAAGUGAUCCAAAUGAUAUUCAAAAAACACCUCAGAAUGCUGAUAUCUGGGAUGUCCGCGUUCCUGUGAUUAGUUUAAUUGACGGUUCUUUAAUCUACGGUGAUCAAGCUCCUGAACGCAGGUCUUUAGAGUCCUGGUUGGAUGCAAAUCCGAAUUACAUGCCAUAUUCUGUGGAAUUAGAGGAUCGGGCAAUUUAUAACCGUGUUGCCAGCGCAAGGGGUCAGGAUACUAGUAAUAUGGAAUCCUUGGCAUAUAAGCAUUACCUAAAUAGUUUACUAGUCAAUGCAGCAGCCGGUUUACAUGGUACCAAUAAUAACAACAAUUUAGCAACGUCUAGUUCUCAAUCAUCAGCUAACACUCAAGUGAAUAAUUUUAACACUCAGCAAUAUUUACAACAACAACAAUUACUGAGCACAUUUGGUGCCUAUGCUCGACAUCCAGCUUAUGCUAGUCUAAUUGCUUCUGCUUUAAAUAACUGGCCGUCAAUUCCAAUUCCAUCUACUGCUUCUCCAGCUGUCACGAAUUCGGUCAGUAGUACUAAAUCACGAGUUUCGGCUACAACUAGUGGUAGUGCAUCAUCUACUUCCCGUUCUUCAAAAAGUCGAUCAAACGGUAAUCGUUCAGAAAAUUCAAAUCGCCGACGUGAUUGUAGUGAAUUAACAGAUUCUUCAUCCCUAUCUUCUCAAGCGUAUUCAUCAUUUAUGCCUGAAAGGAAUUCAAACCACAAUCCAAUUGCACAAGAUAAUCCGUUUCAAAUGUCCACUGGCAAUCAACGCGUAGAUUCAAUGCUAGCGGCUGUUUAUCAACAGGCUGCUGCAAUGAACCUGGCUUAUAUGUGCAAUCCCUUAACUGCUGCAGCUCUCUACAGUCAGAUUAUGCUGUCAUGUUCUGGAGCACCCAACACUCCAGAUGUCGGAUUGCCCAAUAUAAAUUUGGCAUCUAAUGCUACACAUCAAGCCACUUUAGCUUCCUUGUAUGCCAAUUACUUGUUAUCAGCGAAACAGAUGCAACAGAGGCAAGUGAGUCAGUCACCUGGCCAGUGGGAUACUCAACAGCUAUUAAGCUCAUUAGCUGCGACUCUAGCAUCUGCUUGUGGAGGAGGCACUGGAGAAAUAGAUACUGCAGCUCUCUUAUCGAUGUUUGGUGGAGCUGCAAAUAUUUCUCCGACAAUAGGCACAACAUCUACUCCUCUGAAGCAUUCAAGUACGCAACGACGGCCAUGUUCCCAAUCAAUUAAGAGAACUCAUCCUAUUACAAGAUCGCCUCCUCCCGCCUCCGAUUUGAAUAGCUCUGUUGGUUCAGAGCGAGAAACUCAGGAUUCCGGAGAUAUCCGACAAACUGUAUCUUGUAGACAUUCAGAUCAAUCUCAGGAUAAUUAUGAUACUACUACUAAAGAAUACGACGAAAGUCAAUCUAUUUUGGACCUUAGUAAAUGA